AGAUGGACGCAGCUGGAAAGGCAGUUACUCUGAGUUAAAGCCGCACUACGCAUUGACACUUUAUCUUGGAUAGUAAUACACUUCAUAUGUGAAUUGUUUUGUGAUACUCCAGUUAUAAAUUGCAGCAGAGAGAGCUCUUCACACCGCAUUCAAGCAGGUUCUGAGAGUACAUUAUGGCGACAGGCGGCACUCCAUUUGAAGAUGGCACAGAUGAGCAGGAGCAGCAAAACUGGACCAUCUCCAAUGGCAGCCUUGAUGACAGACUUAAUAACAUGGAUUGGGGAGUGCAGCAGAAGAGGGCUAACCGCUCAUCUGAGAAGAACAGGAAGAAGUUCUCAGCCAUGUCAGAGAGCCGGCUAACCAAUGACAUCUCUCCAGAGUCCACUCCAGGAGUAGGGCGACGUAGGGCUCGCACACCCCACUCCUACCCUCAUGUGAAGUAUAGCACUCAGAUGUCUGUGCCUGACCAGGCUGAGCUGGAUAGACUCCGACAGGCCAUACAUUUCACGGAUCUGGAUGAGAGAAGCAUUGGCAGUGAUUCUCAAGGCCGUGCCACUGCAGCCAACAAUCAGAGACAGCUAUCUACUGAGGCCAAGAAACCUUUCAAUUUCCUGCCUAUUCACCUCAACACUAACAAGAGUAAAGAGUCCACUGCAUCCGCCUUUUCCACACCUGGGGGCAAGGAACCCAAGAAACAAAGCCCAGGGAAAGAGCUGUUUGCCCCGGUGCCAGCAGCAAGUAAUGAAGCUUUCAGUCUGGAUGGUGCCCAGGGGUUUGUUUUGGAGGAUGGACGAGGAGAACUUACUAUUGAGAGCAGUCAGGUUGUCAGUAAACUGGUUCAAAUUCGUGAAUACAUAGGGAAGGCAUCAUCCAUGAGAGAUGAUCUGUUGGAAAAGAAUGAUGUGCCUGCAAACGUGGAACGUCUCUCUCUACUUAUCGCUCAUCUGAAAGAGCAGGAGAAGUCCUACCUGCGUUUUCUUCAGAACAUACUGGCUAGGGAAAAUGAGGAUGAUGAUGAAGGUGCCACAGUGGACUCUGCAGUAGGUUCAGGCUCUGUGGCUGAGAGCACAUCUCUGAACCUGGAGCUGUGCUCCGAAGCCUCCAGUGCCAUUGGCCAUGGGGUGUGUGGAGAGCAGAAGGAGGAGCUAGAGAACAUGCAUAAGCAACAUGACCUGCUGAAGAAGAUGCUGGAACAGCAGGAGCAGCUCAGAGCACUACAAGGUCGUCAGGCUGCACUACUUGCCAUGCAGCAAAGCGCUGAACAAGCCAUAGCUGUGAUGGAUGACACUGUUGUUACAGAGACUACAGGAAGUGUGUCUGGUAGGAGUAUAACCUCAGAGCUCAAUGAUGAACUCAAUGAUCUUAUCCAGCGCUUCCAUAACCAACUGCAUGAUUCUCAGUCUCGGACAGUCCCAGACAACCGACGACAGGCAGAAUGUCUCUCUCUCUCUAGAGAGGUGUGUCGAUCACGCACUAGCCAUAAUUCCUGGGGUCAGUUGCCCACCACUGCCCCACUAGCAACUGCAUCAACCUCCGCUAGCGCCAAACUACAGGAGCUACAGGACAAAAAAGAGACCAUGGACAAGAUCCUCCAGGAACUCCACUCUCUUAGAGAUCAGACGCUCAACAACAGCUCCUGUCAAAGUGUCGGUCAACGUGUUGUACGCAUGGGCGUUUCCAUGCGCAUGUCAGUUUUGGAUAGAGUGGGAAAUGAGCCACGUCCAGUGAGGCAGGACUCUUCCUCUUACAAACAGAGAGAUGAUAACAGCCACCCUUCUGACAAGCUUAGGAAACUAAAAGAGGUGCAUAAGCGUUUGAAUGAACUGAAAGAGCUUGUUCAGUAUUAUGAGCAGACAUCAGACAUGGUGGUGGAUACAGUUAACGAGAAUGUGGAGGAUGAUAAGGAAACUGAGGAUGGAUCACUUUUCGAAGCUAUGUUUGAUUCAGAGCAGGAGAACCAUGAACCUGUCACCAACAUCAGAAAUCCAGCCCAACCUCAGUCUCCAGGUAACUGGAUGGAAAUGAACAGUCUGACAAAGGCUCACUGCACCUCCAAUAACAGAGAUGGACGACUAAACACAGAGUGUGAGAUUAAUAACCGUUCAGCAACGAACCUCCGCAGUCUCAAUGCUCCCUCAGUCACAGAAUGCCAAUACAACCCGGACAGGCCUUAUGAUGGAGUUAAGGAUGAGGAGGAUGAUGAUGAGGCACUGGCGGAGGAGGAUGGGGCGAGAGGUGGAAGCAGAGACAGUGAUGGUUCAAGGUCCAGUCGUAGAAGCAAUCUAGGGGGUGAUUAUAUUCAAAAGGUUCACCGUCUUCAAACAGCUAAACAGAAACUAAGACAGCUGCAAGAACUAGUUGCUAUGGUGCAGAGUGAUGAUUCAGAUGGUACUACAGCUAAUGAGGAGGACGGUUUGAAGCAGCAACCCAAUAACACCAGAGUGACUGCUCCAAAAGUCCAGAGGGACAACACCCUCUCUGACAAGGCCAGAGAGAAAUUGUAUGAGGAGAAACUCAAGCAGCAACAGCAGGAACUGAAGCAGCUUCAUAAAGAGCGGCAGAGACUAAUGGAUAUUCAAGGCAAGAUACAGGAUUUAGAGUGGGCUUGUCCUGACUUCAAGUCACCUGUGAGCAGCAGUGCCAGUGGUCAGAUGAUGAGUAAGAUUCCUGCAGCAGCCUCGGCUCCUGCUCCUGCUCCUGUACCUGUACCAUUACGCUCUUCCUCAGAUAAAGCCAACACUAGUGGACUCAAACCCACCGCUGAGCCUCCUCCUGUCACAAUCACUGAUAAUGAGCUGUGGUCGGAGAUGCGAAGGCACCAGAUUUUGCGUGAGGAGUUGAGACAGAGGCGAAAACAUUUGGAGAGUCUAAUGGCUGAACAGCAGAGGAGAAGCACACUCAAUGACUCUCCAUUCAGGAGUGACACUCGCGAUACUCAGUCCUACAGCCGUGAUGAGAGAACUGUGGCUACCUGGGGUGGGUCAACCCAGUGUCCCCUUGGUGAUGAUAGUAAUUUCUCAUCUGAGAUGGGGGCUGAGGAAGACGAUGAUGAAGAUGAGCACGAUGGGGGAGUAGAGUCCAGUUCUACUGAUGAACUGCAGGCUUGCUCUACUAGAAAACAACGCAACUUCAACAUGAACAAAGACACAAAACAUCUGAAGGUUCAGAGGGAGGUUAAUAGGAGUCCUUCCCCCUGUGAAUCGAGAGGUCACUCUUGUCAGCAGCAGGAUGACAGAGGGAGUUGCAGCAGAACCAGGCGGCAAGAGAACCUGCGGUGGGCAGCAGAUCUGUCUCUCUCUGAGGGCAUAGCACCAACACACUGGAUGGAACAGAUCACAGACCUUCAGAAACAGCUCAACUUCAGCACUACCAUGUGCCAAACUCUGCUACAGGACCAGCAGACUCUUUCAAGCAUGCUUCAGACUCUUCUGACAGGCCCCUAUGGUGCCAUUCCCAAUAAUGUGACCUCUCCUCAAGUCCCUCUCAUCAUGCACCAGCUAAACCAGUGUUAUAUACAGCUAGCUUGGCAGCAGAACAAUGUCAAUCGGUUGAAACAAGCUUUGAAUGAUCUGUUAAGGCAGAAGCAGCAGAAUCAGUCAUUGUCAGGUCAACAGCUGCAUCAGAAUGUUGCUCAUGAUUCUGUGCCUCAUGCGCUGUUCUUAAACUACCCAACUGUUAAUACACUCAACAUGCCCGGGCUUCCCAACUUCUCUCCUUUCCCUACUGGCUUCAAUUUCAGCCCCAUGUUUCCUUCCUCAGUAGGAGAGUUCCAGCACAACCAGGCCAGUUCAGAUCAACAGCAUGAUGCAAACAUAUCCCUUAAAACAGAGUACAUGAGUUUUCCUCCUCUACAGAGAUCACCACUAAACAACACUGAGAAACGGUUCAAGUCUCAGCCUGAUACUGUGACUGACCCUCAUAACUCGAGCUGGUUAAACUCCUCUUUGAAUCGCUGUAAUCGGAGACCCACCCUCCCCUCAGACCAUCCCAGUCAGAUGGAGGAGGACUCCCCCUCCUCCUCUCCAGUCCCUCACCCUUCUACCUCCUGGGAUCGCUCCUACAUUCCUGACUCCCAAGAGUCUCUGAGCAGCCUGCAAGAGAGGGUAGACCCCACCACUGUCACAAAGACGUUCAGAGCAGGACACAAGGCUGCGACACAGGCCAGCCUGUCCUCUAGAGGCAAGACCCCCAAAACAAAGAGCCGGCACCUCAAGAGAGGCAGGGGUCCGAAAAACACAGCAGCUUUGGAGAGUGACAGUGUUUCAAGUGACGCUCAUUUUGAUCAGAAUAGAGACUGCUCCUCUCAGGUCAAACUCAAAGAUCUCAACCAGGGUCUACUAGACAAACUCACACAAGAAAAACUGGACAGCAAGACUAAGAACAGCAAGCCAAACGACCUCUCGUCUGCAUAUGCUUGGAGAACACCUUUUCUCUCUAACAGAAUUGCAUGCACUGAAGUUCCAGAUGCAAGUAGUGAUUUCUCUCUCUUUGAGGCCCUGAGAGAGACCAUCUACUCUGAGGUGGCUACUCUGAUCUCUCAGAAUGAAUCUCGCCCUCACUUCCUCAUUGAGCUCUUCCAUGAGCUUCAGCUGCUUAAUACAGACUAUUUGCGCCAGAGGGCACUCUACUCAUUACAGGACAUUUUAACGAGGCACCUAACAGAGAAGAGUGUAGCAGAUGAGCAGGAGUCUUCUCUGGGUCCAGCUGUGUGGGCCACAGGCUCCCAGUCUGAGCUCACACCCAGCGAGAGUCUGGCCACCAGCGACAAUGAUGCAUCUGAGAAGAAUGAAGUGAUUAAAUCAAGCUCUGGAGUGAUGAGGACAGGGGACGGAGACUUGAUGGACAACGAGAGCCUGCUGUCCACCUCCUCCAACCUGGAGCCCUUCGCUAGUGAUGACCUGGGUAACACAGUGAUUCAUUUAGAUAAGGCCUUGGCCAGGAUGAGAGAGUAUGAGCGCAUGAAGCUGAGGUCUGAGUAUAAAACAGUUAACCCUGAGCACAGCCCUGGAGCUGCUGCUGCUGCUGCUGCUGCUGCAGCCUCACCAUUCACUCAAGGUGCGGGACACUCGUCUGCAGAUGCACGUUGUCCUCAGAUUGACACACAACAGCUUGACAGGCAGAUCAAAGCCAUCAUGACAGAAGUUAUUCCCUUCCUAAAGGAACAUGUUGGGGAGGUCUGUUCACAUCAGCUGCUCACAUCAGUGAGACGCAUGGUGCUCAAACUCACACAGCAAAAUGACGAGAGCAAAGAGUUUGUGCACUUUUUCCACCGACAGCUGGGAGGAAUCCUCCAGGAUUCCCUGAAUAAGUUUGUUGGACGGGCACUGCAGGAAUGUGGUGAGGACCUACUGGUAGAGAUCUCUGAGAUUCUCUUUAAUGAACUCGCCUUCUUCAGACUGAUGCAAGAUUUAGACCAGAACACCUCCAAAUACAAACACGGAAUCAAGAGACGCUCUGAGCACACAUCCCCAAAACACUCACCUCACACUGAGGAUCAGGAUGAGGCAGAGCAGGGAGGAGCACUCCAUGAGAAAGAGGAGGAGAAGGAGAAAGAUGCACAGAGCAGUGAAUCAUCUGAAAUGGAGGAAGAGGAGGGAGAUGGACUGACUCUUUCUAUAAGCCUUUCUAAAGCAGAGACACAGGCUUUGUGUAACUACGGCAGUGGAGAGGAUGAAAAUGAAGUGAAGGAGAUCGAGGAGUUUGAAGCUGAACUGGUUGAGGUGCAGACAUCACUUCAAGCCAGCAUGGACAACACUACUGAAGAGAAACAGUGUUCAGCCUUACAAACCGAAGUCACCCAGGUAACCAAAUCGGACCUAGAAAGCUCAGAAAACAGCCAAGUGAAAAGCAUACAGUCUGAAUCAAAAGACACUGUUCAGGGUCCAGAGUCCAGAGUGGAGGCUGACACUGCUUCAGAAGACGAGAGAGAGGAAAAGAAGGGCUGUACUGCCCCUUCACCCCAAGACACGGCUCAGGGGUCGGACACAGCCAGCCCUGACUCUGACUCCCCAGUCAUAAUCAACACAGAUGAUGCUGGAUCUGGAAACACUAGCCAGAGAUCAGAUGAGGAAGACUUUGUGAAGGUGGAGGAUCUUCCUCUUCAAAUGUCUGUUCUGUGUGAGGAACAACUUUGUAAGAGGAUCUCUGAAGAGCAGCAAAAUAAUACCUUGACAGCUGAACUUCUAAAUGGAACAACGGAAAGCCUUACAGGACUGGUGGGAAACUCUCAAGCACUCAAAGAGCCUGAAACCGUUGGAGCCCAGAGUGCAUAAGAAUGACCUUUUUGAUCUGCUGAAGUCAGUAUGAACCAUCAUUCAUGCAACAUUACUGUAUAAUGAGCUUAAUACUGUACCUGAAGACUCCUUGGCAGCAACUAAGUCAUAGUCUAGAAGCCUGUCAAUAUGUAUCAUCUAAAUGUUCAAGUAAUGAUAAAGAGGUCUCUCUAUACUUGUACAGGUAGUUUUAUUCUGAUUAUGGAGAAUGUAGAUGAUAUUUGGAAGGGGCUCUGUCUAUAUGCUGUUCUGUAGUCUGUAAGUACAUUUCUCUUUAAGCCAGGCUUCUCAUAGGCCCUUAAAAUGCUAGUUUAAGGGGUGCAAAAUGUUCCUAUGUUUGGCAUGGUUAUGCUUUCUUUUUUCCGUUUCUUUAUGGGAUUACUUCCGAAACCCUCCCAACACUUCUUGCAAAUGUGAUUAUACAGGGCACAAUGGGAGUUUGUUCCUUUUUAAUUCAGAACUUGACCCUGAAUGCACAAUAAUUUGUUAUGGAUAGUGCUGAUUCACAUACUAGCACUGAUGUCUCAUUGUUCUGUUUCCUUUUUCCAGAGGGCAGAUGCUUUACCUUACUGCACUAUUUUAAAUGUUUUCUCUUGCUUUUAUUUUUACAUUUUUUUUUAAGGCAUG